GCCGCCGGCCGCCCCCAAGAUGCUGUUUUGGCACACGCAGCCGGAGCAUUACAACCAGCACUCGACCGGCAGCUACCUGCGAGAUGUCCUUGCGCUGCCGAUCUUCAAGCAGGAAGAGCCUCAGCUGUCUCCUGAGAACGAUGCCAAACUGCCACCCUUUCAGUAUGUCCUCUGCACAGCCACCUCCCCUGCCGUGAAACUGCACGAGGAAACUCUGACCUACCUCAACCAAGGUCAGUCUUAUGAAAUCCGUCUACUUGAGAAUAGGAAAUUGGGAGAGUUUCAAGAUUUAAACACAAAAUAUGUAAAGAGUAUAAUUCGUGUCGUUUUCCACGACCGCCGCCUGCAGUACACAGAGCAUCAGCAGCUCGAGGGCUGGAGGUGGAGUCGGCCUGGGGACCGCAUCCUUGAUAUAGAUAUCCCGCUGUCAGUUGGUAUCUUGGAUCCCAGGGCUAGCCCGACCCAGUUGAACACUGUUGAAUUUCUCUGGGAUCCAUCAAAGAGAGCUUCUGCAUUCAUUCAGGUACAUUGCAUCAGCACAGAAUUUACUCCACGGAAACAUGGAGGAGAGAAAGGAGUGCCCUUCCGGGUGCAAAUCGACACCUUUAAGCAGAAUGAAAAUGGUGAAUACACAGAACACUUGCAUUCUGCAAGCUGCCAGAUCAAAGUGUUCAAGCCUAAAGGAGCAGACAGAAAACAGAAGACUGACAGGGAAAAAAUGGAAAAGAAGACCACCCAAGAGAAGGAGAAGUAUCAGCCUUCCUACGAGACAACUAUUCUCACAGAGUGCUCUCCCUGGCCAGAUGUGCCUUAUCAAAUGAACAAUGCUCCAUCUCCAAGCUACAACAGUUCGCCCAACAGCUUCAACCUUGGAGAUGGCAACAGUUCACCAACCCACCAAAUGGAGCUCCUGCCUCCCAGCAAUGAUCAUCUCCUUCCUUCUGCUUCUAUUCAAGAUGCCCAGCAGUGGCUUCAUCGUAAUAGGUUCUCUCCAUUCUGUAGACUCUUCUCAAGUUUUUCGGGUGCCGACUUACUGAAGAUGUCCAAAGAAGAUUUUGUUCAAAUCUGUGGGCCUGCUGAUGGAAUUCGGCUCUUUAAUGCAAUUAAAGGAAGAAACGUAAGGCCCAAGAUGACAAUUUAUGUCUGUCAAGAACCAGAGCAAAACAGAUCCCAUCUCCACCAAAAACGAGAAAAUGGAGAUGGCAGUCUUUGUGUGUAUCAUGCAAUCUUCUUAGAAGAAUUGAACACGCUGGAAUUGAUGGAGAAGAUUGCAAACUUGUACAGCAUUUCUCCCCAGCAGAUAAAUCGGAUCUACCGGCAGGGACCCACAGGGAUCCACGUGUUAGUGAGCAAUGAGAUGGUGCAAAACUUCCAAGACGAAUCUUGUUUUGUUAUCAGCACAUUAAAAGCUGAAAGCAAUGAUGGCUACCACAUCAUUUUAAAAUGACCAUGCUGCACAGAGAGACUUUAACGGCCUAAAAUCUAGUGCCUCGCUGAGAUUGCUACAACCUAGACUGGAAACAUGAAGAACCUUCUGGAUAAAUGCUCCUGUGAACUAAGAAUUACCAAACAGCUUAAAAAAAGCUUGCUUUUACAGAUAGAAAUUUUUGGUGGUGUGUGAUUUUGGUGGGUUUGGUUUUUUUGUUUGUUUGGUUUGAUUUCUGUUUUGGUUCUUUUGGUUUUUUUAAGCUGGAGCUGAGAACAUCCUCAAAGCUUGUACAUGUUUUUUCCUCCCUCCCUUCCCUUUCAGUCUCUUAAAAAAUUGUAGAGGUUUCUGCUUAUUACUUAGAAACAUCUGCCUUGUACCAAAGGGAAAUGAAAGAUAAACAAAUCCCAAUUCUCUUGA